AAUUCACGCUGGGGAGAAGCCGUACUUAUGUAGAAUCUGUGGAAAUCAUUUGUCUACCAAAGAUAGUUUAGCUUCUCACAUGAGGAUUCACAACGGUGAGAAGCCUUACACAUGUGGGAUCUGUGGAAAACAUUUCACCAAUAGAAACAGUUUACCUGUUCACAUGAGAACUCACACAGAGGAGAAGCCUUUCUCAUGUAUAACUUGUGGAAAAAGUUUCACUCAAAAAGGUCAUUUGACUGAUCACAUUAAAGGUCACACAGGUGAAAAGCCUUUCAAAUGUGCCACUUGUGGAAAGAGUUUUAGGGAAAGAAGGGAUGGUUUAACUUCUCACAUAAGAACUCAUACAGCCGAGAAGCCUUUCGUAUGUGAGACCUGUGGAAAAAGUUUCAGACAUAAAUCUGUUUUAACUUAUCACAUGAGGACUCAUACAGAUGUUUCGGUUCCGGUUCCUCCAGGACUGCACUACUGCUCCUCUCCUGGUCAUAGAAAUGUUGGUCAGUGA